CAAGACAAAAUUGUGAGCCAAGGAACACUCAGUAGCAGCCAGGAAGAAGACCAGCGAACUCAGAUCGAAAAACUGAUGAGGUUCAGAUUCAUAAAGUGGUACAGUGUGAGAAGUAUGAUGAUCUUAUUCUGAUAGCAAAUGAUACUGGCAGUGAAGAUGUCCGAAACAGUUACGUUGAUGAAUCAGGUUCUACAUCGGCUGUCAUAAUUGUGAACACAGAGACUUUGAAUGGGAAAAAUCUUUGUUGUACAAGCACAGAAAGGGGGAAAGAUGAUGCAGGACAUCCUAGUGAACAGGAACAACAUUAUAGUGAGGACGCUUGUGUCCCUUCGGAUGAUUGCAUGAGCAAAAAAGAUUCUGAUGAUGAGUUAACUGAAAAUGAAGCAAAACCGGAAGAGUACUUGUUCCCUACGCCAGAUGAGAUGGAGAAUACAAGUACACCUGAAGUAGGGAAAGUAUUCUCUAGUCUAGAAGAGGCUGUCAGAUUUGUCAACAUUUAUGCUCAUAUAGAAACAGGAAAUACAAUCAAAAAAGGGAGGAAUUAUAGAAACAGGAAGAUUACCAUUUGUUGCUGCAAAAGUAGAAAAACAGAGCCCAAUGCAGCAGGGGUGAGGAAACGCAGGAGGAAUGUGGUCGUUAGGACAAACUGUCAGAUGCAUGUUACAGUAAGCUUACAAGAUGGAAAAUGGAUUAUUACUUCCCAAGAUCUUGAACAUAAUCAUGAUUUGGUAUGUUCGCCUACAUUGACCAAAUUCUUCCUAAGUCAUAGGAGCAUGAAUGAAGCUGAAAAACUUCUCUCGAGGCUGUUACAAGAACAUAGAAUUAAGCCAAGGAAGAUAAUGAGUAUUUUUAGGAAGCUGUCUGGUGGAAAAUUGGGUAACAUUACAUUCGAUGUCAAGAAACUUGACAACCUGAAACAGGAAGAUCGUGAAAAGAGAAGGAACACGGACAUUGAACACACUCUGGAGUAUAUUGAAAAACUGCAAAUUGACAAACCUGGUUUUGUAUACAAGGCUCAAAGAAACGCAUCCAACUCAGUGCUUAGCUUGUUCUGGACAGACUCAAGAUCAAGGCUGGACUAUUUGCUGUUUGGAGAUAUAAUAUCAUUUGAUACAAGGUUCAGCACUAAUAAGUACAAUAUGCCCUUUGCACCCAUUAUUGGAGUUAAUGGCCACUCGAGAACAAUCGUUUUUGGUUGGGCCCUUUUGCAGAAUGAGCAGGUAGACACAUUUAAAUGGUUGUUUGAAACUUUUGUUGAAGUGAUGGGUGGAAAAAAACCUAGAGUAGUACUUACUGAUCAAGAUGCUGCAAUGAAGAAAGCUGUUCCAAAAGUGUUCCCAGAUGCACUCCAUAGGUUCUGUAUUUGGCAUGUUAGAAGGAAAGCAAGAGAAAAUUUGGGUGCAUACAUGUCAAUUAACAAAGGAAUGGAACAAGACCUUGACUAUUGUAUCAUGCAGUCCAUGACUGUUGAAGAGUUUGAAAUGAAUUGGAAAGAAAUGGAGCUAAAGCAUAGUUGUGGAAAGCAUGCUCACAUUAAGUGCAUGUGGGAGAAUAGAGAAUACUUUGUUCCUGCUUAUUUCCAAGGAGUGUUCUGCCCGUUCAUUAGGUCUACCAGCAGAAGUGAGAGCUUCAACUCGAAUUUCAAGGACUAUGUUUUGCGAAAGGAUACAAUAGAAACUUUCCUUCGUCAGUAUGAAUUAUUCCAGGAAAAUGUGAUGCACAUAGAGGAUCAAGAUAGGUUCUUGUCUAAUGAAGAAGUACCUAUCAUGUGGGGAUAUCAGCGGGUUGAGCGUCAUGCAGCUGAAAUUUACACUAGAGCUAUAUAUACCAAGUUCUUGACUGAAAUGUUUAAUUCAACUGCUUUCGGGGUUAAUGAGAUUGUGAAGAACGAAUCAUAUGAAUUAAAAAGGAACUUUCCAUACGAAAAUCCAUAGUUUGACAGGGAAAUCUUUGUUGUGCAAGUAAAUCGAGAAAAGGAAGAAUUUGUGUGCAAUUGUGGGAAGUUUGAGAGGGAUGGUAUUCUUUGUUGCCACAUCCUUAGAUUGUUUACGCAGUUUGACAUGCUCAAGAUACCUGACCAAUAUAUUGUUCCAAGAUGGACUAGAGAAUUUAGGGAGAAGGAAUUACAGAAACACAAGUCUAGUGCCCUUGG